UUGAAAAUUAAUACAAUUUGGCUUCCAAAACAGCAGCUGGUUUCUGAUGCUAUCUGCAUGAGAAUGGACAAGUUGUAAAACCCCAAUUCCAACAGGGAGCUGCUUUCUUCAUUGUCAUGCUUUGUGUGUGCAAAUUCCAGCACUGAUGCAAAUGUGUUAUUGCAUGCAGUCUCUGACAGGCUGAGUAACAGGGAACCCAGAGCAAUCGCUCUGCAAACAGGGUGUUCACCAAUGAAACUCCCUGACAUGGUACAAAAGGAAGCACAAUUGUAUUUGGAAUGUUAUAUGCUGGUGCUACUGACUGUGCUUUGUUUUGCAUCUGCAGCAAGAGAAAUCCAAAAGAGGAAGAUCCCACAUGUAUCAGAAUUAAGCACAACAUUAGGGAAAGGAAUCUCAGAUUCAAAUGCAUUACACAAAAAAGAUUUGGACACAAAAGCAGCAAAGGAUCCUGUAAGCAAAUCCAAAUCUAAGAAACGGGAAGAUGUGAGUGUGACCCAUGGUAAGAAGCAGGGAAAGUGCAUUCAGAUGGUGUACAGACAAAGACAUGGGGCACCAGAACAUGCCCACUAUCCUGUUGAUGAUAUGGGGAAUCUUAGGAGCACAUGCAGCGUGGAAGGCAGGUGUCCUGGAAAAUACUGACAUCGAGCCCAUCCCCACAAAUGCUUGGAUCUGUUAUCAGGACACAGAGGUGGAGAUGGCUUGUCGAUUUCCAGGGUUGCUAAGUAACGCUUCCAGGAGACAAUUGGAAAAAUAUAUCCUCCAUCAGCUACCUGUCUCACAGCGUGCUGCUUAUGAGGAGUCACGAUUAAUUAAAUGCACCAAGGGUCCCCAGGAGCAGCAAGUUCAUUUUUGCCAUGAUUCUUCUGUGGACACCAAGAUUUCUUGCACCCCACAAUUCGGUGAAAUGUCCCAAGGUAGCGACAUGAUUCAUGAAGAAGUUUGCAACAUUUUAUGGAUUUUUAUGAUCACUUGGGGGGAGGGAACACCUUUGCACUUCCAGUUUUUUAUGGCAAGUGCCAAGAAAAGAAGACCCACCGAUGAACUGGCUCUUGUCUUGAUUUCAUCAAAAGGGCAAGAAUAUCCCAGAACUAUGACAAAUUGGCAGAGGUUCAAUGGACUUAUGGACGUGACCAAGAUACACACUGUCGGUCCUCCAGACUGGAUAAUGUCUAUCCAGGAAAAGUACUGCCGUUAUGGACAAUAUCAUAUUCCUUUUAAUUCAAUAGGUUAUGAUCUUGUUGGAUCUCACGUGAUUAAAUUGAACCACCCCCAGCAAUUAUUGAUAAAACCAGGGACUGCACUUAAGGAAGUGGUAGUCUCAUUUGAGAAAUUAAACAUUGCAAAGGAAUUCCCUGUUUGUGCAUCAUAUUUAGAGAUGAGUAAUAAGGGAUGGGAUAAUUGGGUUAAAUUAUGGGAAGGGGAGAAUGGGAAGAGAAAUAAGCAGGAUUUGUCAGGGUGGCUGGGUACUGGAGCUGCUUUUCUGGAUGCUACCAAUAUUGAAAUAUUAGCCAACAAAUUACAUUAUACCACUGAAGAAAUAAGUAAGAUGACAGAACCUAUCAAUACGGCUCUGGAAAAGAUUACUGAAACCCCCCAAAUCAUAAAAAUAAAAUAAAAUUUUAUUUUUAGGCCGCCUAUCUGGCUGAAUGAACAGCCACUCUAGGCGGCGUACAUAAUUAAAUUUAAAAUACACAUAUAAAAUACACAUAUAAAUACAGUCAUAACAUAUUCAAUUUACCCACAUC